AACUCAGCAUCAUCUUCAUCUAUAAAUCUAUCAUCAUUGAACUCGAUCUGUUUGCGAUUGUAAGACAGAGAGGGAGAGGCUGUUGAUGCCGCAUAUGUGGGUAUUGCUUCUAGUGACGCUAGUGUUAUUUGUGCUUGUGCUAGUAGUGGUAGCAACACGAACUCAGUAAAAUCAUGAAAGCCACAAUAAAGCUAGUGUUGUUCUUGUUGGCGGUGGUGGUGCUAGUGAGCGUGGGAAGCGGCACCGCAACAACCAUCAAGGACGACAAGGACGAGUCAUGGGCCGAAUGGGCCAAAGACAAGAUCUCCGAGGGCCUCGGCUUCAACGCCGACGACGCCAAGGACAAGGCCGCCGAUAAGUCCAAGCACGGUUACGAUGCCACAGUCGACACCGCCCACGACGCCAAAGACAAGGCCGCCAACACGGCCGAGCAUGGCUAUGACGCCACAAUUGACGCCGCCAAGUACACCAAGGACAAGGCUGCCAACACAGCCGAGCACGGCUACGAUGCGGCCAAGUCAGCUAAAGACAAGGCUGCCAACACAGCUGAGCACGGCUACGAGUCUGCCAAAGACAAGGCUGCCAAUGCGGCCGAGCACAGCUACGAUGCUGCCAAGUCUGCCAAAGACAAGGCUGCCAACACGGCCGAGCACGGCUACGAUGCCGCCAAGUCUGCCAAAGAUAAGGCUGCCAGCACGGCCGAGCACGGCUACGAUGCCGCCAAGUCUGCCAAAGACAAGGCUGCCAACGCGGCCAAGCACGGCUACGAUGCCACAAUGGAUGCGGCCGAGUACGCCAAGGAAAAGGCUGGCAACGCGGCCGAGUACGCCAAGGACAAGGCUGCCAGCGCGGCCAAACACGGGUCCGAUGCCACAAUAGACGCUGCCAAGUACGCCACCGAGAAGGCUGGCAACGCGGCCGAGCACGGCUACGACGCUGUUAAGUACGCCAAAGACAAGGCUGCGGACGCGGCCAAACACGGGUCCGAUGCCACAAUCGACGGUGCUAAGUACACCAAAGAUAAGGCUGCUGGAAGCGGGCAGUAUGCUUCGGAGAAGGCCGGGGAUAUGAAGAAGACGGCGGAAGAGGAAGUGAGUUGGACCAAGGAGAAGGCGAAGGAGGCAUUUGAGGCGGCUAGAUUGAAGGCUGAGGCAGCUAAAGAUGCGAUUGCAUCGAAUCUCAAAUCAACCAAAUCAAAUAAGAUCAAGGACGAGGAGCUCUAAUCAUCUUCCCUCUUUAUCUAGUUACACUUGUUGCUGCCUUGUUUGUUUGUUUAUAGAUUCCAAACCCUUUGUUCUACGUGUAUCACUAGUAUUUCAUAGUACCAAUAAAUAUAGUUUCACUUA